UUACGUCACGUCCGACUAACUCAACCUGACGUUUCGUACGGCGUCUCUGUGCACGUUAACGUUAUUUUGACCCGAGACCGAGUCCAUAGCACAGCUGAUAGCGCGUCGCGUACGUCGCAAUACUACCAGUAGGUGAUAGCACGUUAUAUCGUCACGAACAUGAAUUUGACACCCAGGAGAUCGUACAAGGAAAAACGCUCGUUCGAGCAGCGAUCUGUUAGUGCAGAGGAAAUCAGAAAGCUGCAUCCAACUAAAAUCCCUAUUAUUGUGGAGCGUUACAAAUUAGAAAAUCAGUUGCCACUUUUGGACAAAAGUAAAUUUCUAGUGCCAGAUUUUCUAACUGUGGCGGAAUUUUGCAAAAUAAUCAGACGUCGGUUACAAUUGAAUCCGACGCAAGCUAUUUUCCUAUUAGUGAAUCAGAAAAGUAUGGUAAGCGGUAGUCUGACUAUGGCUGAGCUCUAUCAAAAUGAAAAGGAUCCAGAUGGUUUUCUGUACGUUGUGUUCGCUAGUCAGGAUGUAUUUGGUGAUCAUUAACCGAUGCGAGCUAAUUUUAAACCAUUCAAAAACGAAAUACCUCCUCGGCACUUAACGAUACUUUGAUAGAUGUUUACGUGGAUUUUUGUGGGGAUUCUACAUCUGCUAGCAACUCUGCCUUUAUUGGAAAUGUGCAGAAUCUUUGUGAUCAACUUACCGUACCUGGAAUAAUUAACAGAACAAUUAUAAUUUGUUUUUUGGAAUGUGUAUAAAUUACGGUGCUUUCUACCCCUUUGACAUACGGACAAAUUACAUUUGAUAUUAGCGUCUAUUUAGUUUACUACUAGUAAUGAUAAACUUUACUAUUAAUUUUAGCGGCGGUAAGUUAUAUAAAAUGAUAAUAAGGUAAUAUGCAUCUAAAGAUCUAAAGAUAUUAUGUAGACGUUCUUUUUUCGGUAGGUCAAGAAAUUAAGGGAGAUUUUCUCUUUCUUUCAAGUCCAUAUCUUUAUUUAGUAAAAAAAUUCGUUAUUUUAAUAAGUUUCAGAUAUGGUAUUUGAUUAAUUUGUUUUUACACAUCGCAUAAUAGGCCAGUCUCUCUUAGUUUGCAAUUCAUGUUAAAUCUUCGUACCGUUACUAUUACAUAGCUUUUAAGCAUAAAAUUUGUUACCGUUACACAAAUGUAAUUGAAAUCAAAACGAAUUUAUGUUUGUCAAUUCAGCAGAAUUGAUAGAUUCCGUCGAUAGUUUCGAUUAUUACAUUACAUUUUUAUGUGCUAUAAAAUAUAUAGCAUUUCCAAAACUAUAUUAUGAUGACAAGAUGUUUUUAUGAAUACAAAAUAUCUUGCUGCCAUAAUAUCACAUAUAUUGUUAGUAUUAUUUUUACCACACAAUACUAGGAUAUUGAAAAAAAAGUGUUCAUGUACAUAAUCCGCAAUGUGUAAUGUACGGUGAUAUGCGUUAAAUUCUCAUAAAAUUACAUUAAGUUUUACACAAGAUAUGAAAUUGAUCUCUCAAGUCAACGAUACACAAAGUUAGUUAAGUACUAUACUACUUUAAUCACUAAAACUUCAGGGCCACGUUUUAAGAUAAUCCGACGUAAGAUGUCUUCUCUUUGUAGGAAACUUGUGCAAUAAGCCAAAAAUAAAGAAAACGAAAACGUA